AUGAAUGAAGAAAAUAGUAGUGGCGCUGGGCCUAGCAUUCAAAUUAGUCUUGAAAUGAUGUUGGUUUUGGAGGAAAUGAGGAAUAUAUGGAAGACUAUUAGGGGAGAUCAAGAAAAUACGGAUACAAUUAAGGUAAACACUGAUCGUGUGGAAGAACAAGAUCGUAUAAAUAAUCCGGAGCGAGAAGGUGAGAAUAAACGAAGGUGUACUUACAAGACCUUUAAGGAUGCUGAUCCCCCGAUAUUUAAAGGAGAUUUGGAUCUGCAUGUUGCGAAUACGUGGAUUAAGGAAAUGGAGAAAGUGAUAGAAAUUUUUGAAUGCUUGGAUGAACAAAAGGUGAAAUUCGCAACACACUUUUUAAGGGGGGAAGCAGUAUUUUGGUGGGACACUGUUAAACAGACGGAAGAUUGUUCAACAAUGACUUGGACGAGGUUUAAGGAGUUGUUCUUUGAUAAAUAUUUUCCUACGUGUAUGAAAAAUGAGAUGGAGAUGAAGUUUUUAGGAUUGAAGCAAGAAGGAAUGUCGGUGUCAAAAUAUUUGUCGAAGUUUUUGGAACUUUCUAGGUUUGCCCCACAUCAGGUUAAUACUGAAGUUAGGAAAUCUAGGAUUGCAGAAAGGGAGUAUGAAGCUCGCACUCAAUUUUUCAACAACAAGAAAAGAGGUCGAGAGACAGAAUUUAGCGUUAACUUAGGAUAUAAGAAGGAUAACAAGAAGUUUCAGAAGACAAAAAAAGAGGGUUUCGGGGGAUAUGAUAGGAAGACCACCAUACCGGAGUGUAAGAAGUGUGGAUUGAAGCAUGGUGGUGACAUUUGUUACCGAGCAGAUGGGUUGUGCUAUAAUUGUGGAGAAAGGGGGCAUAUAGCGACUCAAUGCCCAAAGCCGAAAGUGAUUUCUUAUCAAGGGAAUGCCCACAGAAAGGAGUAA